AGAUCCAAAAGAUGGAAUUCUUGUGCUUCUGCCAGAAGAGUUACAGUUGAGACUGGUGCAGCUUUUGUAUUUUAUUCCAUUUCUUUCAUCUGAUUUGCUGGUUUCCUUGAGUCACUGUUGUAUCUCUGAAAUGUUACCAUCUAAUCUUGCAUCCAAGCUCAUUGGAAUUUUACAUGCCAGGUCUCCCUUCGGGAAUUGGAUGUGUCCAGUCUUUGAAAGUACACUGCAUGAUGUGGAUUAUUUCAGUUUUCUGUUCUCAACACUCAUAGGAUUUUCUACUGAGAAGUUAUCAUGGAUGCAGAGUAAUAAACUCAAUUCUCGACUGAGCAAAACAAGAGUAUCUCGUGUCUGUCUUUAUAUGACUGAGCAGACAUUUUUUCUGCAUCACUGGACAGUUACUCAGGCAGUAUGCAACAGCUUGUCUUCAGUGAGAUCAAGGCGUCAAUGCUUUGAAAUCCUUCAAUAUGCCGUCAUCAAGCAUCUUGGUGGCCUAAUUAUAAUUCCAGACAGUACUAUAGGAUCAGUUUUACAUGCCAUUAAUACUCUUAUUGAUCAAAGCUGUGUGCCUUCUGAGAAUCUGAAUGCCUUUUUGGCUUCCAACUGUUACAGCAUUUUCAACUUCCUGCUUACAAUGGAGAAAGAUGCUGAGCAUGUAAAGAAAAGGGAUAAUUUAUGGGGAGAAUGCAUUUCCUUACUCUCUAUGCUGCCAAAUGUUUUGAAGCUGAUGUUACAGAACCUGCAAGUCAGCAGAGCUUGCCAGGAAGAGCUGCCUGUUAUUGCACAGCUGCUUCGCCUCUUGCUGCAGAAUCCACAGCUAAGAAGUCACAUGAUGACCAAUGCAUUCCUUGUCCAGCAAACCCUUCAAGAUGUUAUGAAUUUGAAGAGCUGUGAAAUUCAAGAACAGUGGCUCACUGAUCUUCAGUACUGCUUCAAUGUGUACCUUUCAAAACAGAUACAGGAAUGAGACACAAGUGCAUUGUCAUUUUAAAGAAACAUACGAAAUACUACUGUAUAUUCCAAAUGUGAUAUUUGUAUACACACACAGAAUAUAUAUUCUGAAAAUGCAAAGAAAAUCCAGUUUGCUCAGAAAAAUUGCCAACAUAAUGCUUUCAGUGUUUAAAUAAUCUGAGACUUUCACAUCUUGUCACGUUACUUUUAAGAAUUUUGUUUUUCUUUUGUAUGCAAUUGUCUUAAAAUGAGUAUUUACGUAUUUUUGCAUCAGAAUUUUCAGAUUUUGUUAAAUAAGUAAAAUGUUUUAUGGCAAGUGUGCUAUGGUUUUCUGUUAAAUUGCAGUGAUAGCUUUACAGAAUGUUUUGUAUUAAACAAACGGUGAGUAUUAAUACACACGCACACACUUUGU